GCUUGACGCAGCUGGUUUACUUCUGGCUUCGUGGCUCAUUGAAUUCAUCAGCUCACGUUUUAUUUAUCGAUAACGUCAAAGUGCAGAAGUGAAAAAUGUCGCGUUUAUUAGCAGCACUUGUGGCUGCAGCGCUGCUCAGCUCGGGGGCUUUUGGUAAAACUGUAACAGGACUUUUUCAGAGCGAAGCAGCGAGACAGCAGAAUGGCCAAUUCAUCACUAAAUUCAUGUACCAAGGUGAGAAGGGUCUGCUGGUGUGCAGGUUGGACAACUCUGCUCUGGCCGUGGAGAAGGAGUCCAGGCUGCUGCUCUAUCAGGAUAUGGGCUCAGAGCUGGACAACCUCAGCUGCUCCGAGAGGCUCGCUAAAGCUUACUACACCAUUUCUCUCAGUGAAGAAGAACACAACCAGACGAUCCCUCGUCAGUCGUCUCCGACAGCCUGGCAGGCCCUGUACGCUGACAGAUACACAUGUCAGGAAAGCGCCGUGAUUCCUUCUCUCGCUGAUCUGAGUUUUACCGUCUUGUUGUUCAACGCCGACUCGGCUGGGAAUCCUCUGGAGCACUUCAGCGCGCAGGAGGCAGGUCUCCAUAGCUUCUACUUCCUCCUGCUGCUGGCUUACUUCAUCGCCAGCUGUAUCUACGUGCAGCCUCUGUACCAGGCCCUGAAGAAAGGAGGUCCCAUGCACACCGUGCUCAAAGUGCUGACCACGGUGCUGGCCCUGCAGGGCUGCUCCGCCCUCUGCAACUACAUCCACCUGGCCAGGUAUUCCAGAGACGGUGCUGGUAUUCCUCUGAUGGGCAGUCUGGCAGAGUUCUGGGAUAUGGUGUCCCAGGUGUCCAUGCUGUACAUGUUGCUGAGUCUGUGUGUGGGCUGGACCCUGAGCCGGGGCAGGAAGCCUCAGUCCAGACCGCUGCAGUGGGAGCAGUCACGCACCUCCACGGCUGUCGCUGUGGGCGGAGUCGUCAUACAGGGAGCGUUGCUGCUGUGGGAGCAGUUCUCCGAGUCAGAGAAUGAACAUCACAGCUACCACGCCCAGCAGAGCCUGGCAGGGCUGCUCCUCAUGGCUCUGAGGGUCUGCCUGGCCCUCCUGCUGGCCUCCGUCCUCUACCAGAUCAUCUCUACUGAGAGGAGCACCCUGAAGAGAGACUUCUACCUCUGCUUCGUCAAGGGAUGCUUCCUGUGGUUCCUCUGCCAUCCGGUCCUCUUCCUCAUGUCGUCCAUCUUCAACGAGCACCAGAAGGAGAAGGUGGUGACUAUCGGUGUGAUCCUCUGCCAGUCCAUCUCCAUGGUGAUCCUCUACCAGCUCUUCCUGUCUCGCUCACUCUACUGGGAGGUCUCCUCUCUGUCCUCCGUGUCUCUGCCCCUCACCAUGUCCAGGACCAACCACAGGGGGCGCUACUGAGGACAUCCACUGUCACGCUUCUGAGCGAGGGGAGAGCACGCCACGACACAAAGGCUUCACUGCUCUGAACGCUGCGUCGGAUGAGGCAGAGCUCCUGAUGAUAUGAAACCGUGCUGAGCAGGUCAGGACUGUCACAGCAACACCCUACCUCUAGAUACAUCGGUAUUGCUGAGCAGAAGGAAAGAUGGUUUGAACUUCAGAAUGGAAAAUGACAUGCUGGAUGCCAGAACUAAAGGCCAAAGUACAAUUUCAGAACAGACAGGCCAAGGACGCAUCUACAAAUGGAUCAAAGACUCGCGAAGGAACACAGAUGCAAUCUUUGCGCUCUUGGCUUUGAUAAUCACUAUUAUUUUUAAAGAAAACACUCAGCACAGGGAAGCGUUACAUGUGUCAGAUUUAGGGCUGCAGGGAUGAAGUGUUACUGACAGGAUCAAAUUGCCAAAGAUAGAUUUAAGUAGGAGUUUUGUCUUAGAGACGUGUUCACCAAAUGCAAAGCAAAAUUGUGCACAAAAUGUGUGAUGUGAAUCCCAUAUAUUUAAAACUUUUGUAUAAAAUGUUUCAAUUUGAGCGAUAAAUUCACUGUGUCAUAGCCCUGAUCAAUCCCAACUCCUUUAAGAAAACAAGCAUUUUAAGAGUUGCGAUAUUUCAGCAUCAUUUUGAAUUAUUAUUGCAAUUGCACUGUGGGUUCAAUUGCUUUGCAUUUGUUGUAAACGCAGCAUAAGGCUGGACUUUUGCAAUCAUUUUCUUAAUGGUCAACAAGUCCCAUGAAAAACAACUGCAUUUUCUGACUUUUCAGCCCAGACUGAUAAUGUAAAAUAUUCCAAAUGUGUCAAAAAUACAGUUUCAUUUUCAGAAAAGGCUCAGUAAUUCCUUAAACACUGUAGGCACUGUAGUUUUUAGAAAAUGCUGCUUAAACGGGAGGAAAUUGUGCAUUUUGGGAGACUAUUUUCAGCUGCGGAUUAAGUCACAUUUGUUGCAUGUGUGGGUGUGUUUAUGGUAAUGAAGCAGCAAUAUUUCUAAUGAAUGAGUAAUAAGAUAUACAAGCACUGGCUAAACAGAUAAUGCAUUGUUAGUUUUCAUGGGAUUUAUUUCCAAUAAGAGAAUUGAUUAGUGUAGGUGAAUGGAUCAGUAUGUGGUGAGAUUGAUAUGUUACUAUGGAAACACUGAAGAAGGGACAGGUGGAAGGAUGGAUACUGUUUGGACAGAUGGUUACAGGAUGUGGACAGGUUAACAAAAUUAUUUUUAGUCGCCAUAAUAAAAAGGAUUAGCGCACUUUUGUGUUUGCACAUCCAAAGAGCCAAAAGAUAAGUGUGUGCUUCCUGCACAUCACUGAUCAAGCUGUACUUUGAGUUAUUUUUUCACUCUCGACAUGAAUUACUGAGCUGACAGCAUGUGAAAUCAUAUAAACUGUAUGUAGCUGGAGACACACUGCAUGACUUC